CUCGAUCCCUCUCGACACUUUGAAAGAGAGGUAGUGCUGCAGGAGCUACCGCUGCUUGUUUCGUCCCGAUUGUCUGAAGAGCGCACGGAAAUACAAUGGACAACAGAGGCUACGGUUCUGGUUACUCCAGUUGGGGAGGUGGAGGGUCAGGCAGCAGAGGCUCUGGUGGCUUUGACCUGUAUGGGGGAGGUUAUAAGGACUCGAUGUCUGGGCUCGGGGGAUAUGGAGGAGGAGGAGGCCACAUGAAGAGAGGUCUCUCGGGAGCGUCUCUGCUCUCAUCCACCGGCACACAUGCAGAUGCAGUCAUCGCCAAGAUUAACCAACGCCUGGACAUGCUCACUCAGUUAGAGGGAGGUUUGAAAGGUUCUCGGGGUGACAGGUAUGACCAGUACGAGUCAUUCGACUCGCGCACCUCCGGUCUCACCUCCUCCCGAGAUCUCUACAGAUCUGGCGGCAGUAGCUAUGGUUAUGGCGAUGGCCGUGGGGACAACAUGCUGUUGGGUCAGAGAGGAGGCCCGGGCUUCGGAGGGGGAAUUGGGCUAGGGGGAGGAGGAGGCUUUGACAGCCCCUCAUCCUCCUAUGGAGUCGCUAAAAUGCGACAGAAUAUGAGGGAUUCCUUCAGCAGUGGCCAGGGAGGAGGUUCUGGAGGUGGAGGAUGGGCUGGAGCAGGCCGACGUUCCCCCAGAAGGGGUGGAAGUGCUGGGGGUCGAGGAGCUGGAGGAGGGUUUGGAAGCCGCAGGUCUGACCCCACUCCAUUAGGCGGAGGUGGUGGCCAGUCCCACCGCGGCCACUCUCCAGGAGGUGGUAGAGGCAAGCUCCCAUCCCUCCUGUCCAACCGCAUGUACCCUGAGACUGGGGGCUUCCAUCAGGGUUCCAUUCAAGGGCCUCACGACUUUCCUGGGAGGCACUUUGGAGGGGGCCCACGGGCUGGCCGCCAGCGAGGCCGCAAGAGACCCCUCAACAAACAGGCAAAACCACAGCGUGAUGUCCAGAAGAAGAGAAAGCAGACACUAACUGCAGCUGAUGAGCCAGAGUCGAAGAUGAACAAGACAGAGAGUGCAGGGUCAGAAGCGACCCAAGAGCAAGCAGAGAAAAAUGGUGAUGACAGUGAAUCAAAGACUGCCACUGCGGAGACAAAACCUACUGCAGAUGGAGAUAAAGCUUCACCCAAACAGGAGGAGAAGAAAAGUCCACAGGGCAAACAGACCCCAACCCAAGGUCAGGACAAGCACCCAAAAAUGAGGAAGAGGAGGGGCUUCCUGGAAAGGGUGAUGUUUGCAUGCUCUGUGUGCAAGUUCCGUUCGUUCUACAAGGAGGAAAUGGAAACCCAUCUUGAGAGUCGCUUCCACAAGGACCACUUUAAGUUUCUCUCCAGCCAACUAUCCAAGCCCACUACAGACUUCCUACAGGAGUAUUUGCAGAACAAGUUCAAGAAAACAGAGCAGAGGGUUGGACAGUUGGAAAAUCACAGCGCUGCCAUCUGCCAGAUGUACAAAGAGCAGGACCUCACCAGGGAUCUCGGUAUGGAGCACUUCAUGAGAAAGGUGGAAGCUGCCCACUGCGCAGCAUGUGACCUUUUUAUCCCCAUGCAGCCCCACCUGAUACAGAAACACAUCAAGUCUGCUGACCAUAACUACAACCGCAAGGGUAUGAUGGAGCAGUCCAAGAGGGCCAGUCUGUCAGUUGCUCGUAGUAUCCUGAACCACAAAAUCAUUGGCAAGAAGCUGGAGAGCUACCUUAAGGGUGAAAACCCAUUCUCUGGAAACCAAGAUGACCAGGACCCAGAAGACUCUAUGGCGAUGGAUGUGUCAGAGCUGGAGUUGACCAGUGAGGCAGUAGACAGUCAGACUGACGAAGCACCGGUCAAGGAUGAGCUGGUGGCUGAAGGAGGGAUGGGCCAAGAGGCGGCCGAGGGUGAAGCAGGAUCGGAUGCUGCAGCAGCAGCGGAGGAGGAAAAGAUGGAGGAAAAAAUGGAGGAGGAACUAGGAAUGGAAGGAGAGGAGGAGCAAGGGAACCAGGAAGAGGAGGAAGGUUUUGAAGUUGGGGAGGAGGAGGAGGAAGGAUAUGUGGUACGCGAUGAGAUUGGCGAAGAGGGAUUACAGGCUGAGCUGGAGGAGGAGGAGGAGGAGGAAGGCCUAGAGGCAGCAGAGGUCGAAGAGGAAGACAAGAAUGAUGAAUGACUUUGGCACCCUGUGUGUAAUUUCUCAUCCUUACCAUCUUCCCUGACCAGUCAGUGACCCCCACAGUCCCAUUGAACCUAAUUUCAUCGUUAGGCAUAUCAUGAAGUAUACCUACCUGCUCCCACCAUUUUUCAUUGUCAAUUGACUCUGAGUUCAUAUAGUAUUUUUUUGUUAAAGGAAUAGUUUUGGGAAAUACUUUUACUCGCUUUUUUGAUGAAAGUUGUAUGAGAAAAUUGUCAAAACAUAGUUACUUCACUUAACUUAUGUAUGCCCACCAACUGUCAUGGAGGUGUUUGAUAGACAUAUUUUUUAACUUUGGAGCCAAGCCAGAGGUUUCCCCCAGCCUCAAGUCUUAAACUAUCAAACCACUAAUCUCCCUGCUCCAGCUCCACAAUUAUGAGCAUAAAUCUUUUCAUUUCAAAGUCUGCAAGACAGUCAUUAAGUCUAUUUCUCAAAAUAUCAGAAUAUUCCUUAAUACUUUUUUUGUGCCUUUGUUCAAAGUAUUCUUGGUUUGGAUUCAUUUGUUCAGAAUUGUUAAAGAAUUGUUGAGUAUUGUAAAGUUGAGAGAUAUGUACUUUUACACAGUACCAUGUCCAUUGCCAGUGUUAAUGGUGAAUGGAUGAUUUUCCAACCUUUGGGAAAAUCCAGAACAGGCUUGGCUCUUUGCUCUGCAGCUAGGGAGACUGAGGUAAUUGAGCGGACUGUGUAGAAUCAGUAUGGAAUAUUCAGAAUUCAUAGUCAUGUAACAAUGUUGUUUCACACUGAGUAAGAAAUAAAGUUGUUGAAUAAAUCACUGCUUUGUGUUGAAGGUUUUUAGCGUGUCUGAUGCUUGUUUGAAGUCACUGAGAAAAGUACAAAGUGUAGCUUGACCAGUCUGACUCCGUUAGUGUCAAAAUAACAAAAUCCAGCCUUCAAAACUUGGUUGAAUGAGAAAUGUUUCCACUACUUAAUAAUUUGAAUAUUUAUCUCAAGGGUUAAGCUUUUACUACUUUUUAGCUGGCAGUAGUGGCAUGUAUUUAUAUCAAAGGUGAAGGAGCUCAAAGGUGUUACUUCACACUGAACACUGAACACACUGUAGCAGCCAAUAAUCCUGACAGCUUCCUUGGAUUUAGCACCAUCCGUGACCACAAGGUGGCCUACCAACUCCCAUGACCCAAACACUAAUAUCAAAACAUUUUGAAGAUUACUAUUUCACAGUGAUACAAUUUCAUUUCAGAAAUGGUUCACCUGUCACCAUCAUCUGACAUUGAUUCCUCUGUAAUGUUAGAUGGCAGGAAUAUCGGCUGUUGCCCAACAAAACCUCACUAUCAUUCAGGUAAAGGACUUGCCCAUUAAACUUUAACAGAAUUUUAUCCUGUAAAACUC